CGCAGAUUUUUCUCGCGCAAAAUCGCGAACAUUUCUCCCGUUGUUUUUUUUUUUUUUGCGUGAUUCUUUCUGACGCAUCGCAGCAGCAGCAGCAGCAGCAGCAGCAGUACGUGCCUGUGCGCAGCUCCGACUCCUUCGUGACAGUAUGACCCGCUCCGCGCAGAACCAGCCGGCGACAUGAUGCUUCCCCCGGGUGGAGGCUCGCCUCGCGGCCGGCCCGGCCCGGGGCUCCCGGGGCUCCGGCUGCUCCUGCUGGCCGCCGUGGCCCUCGCGAGCCUCGGUCCCGUCUCCGCCAAGGACACCGCCUUCGUGGAAGUGGUCCUGUUCGAGUCCAGCCCCAAUGGAGAUUACACCACGUACACCACCGGCUUGCAGGGACGCUUCUCCAAGGCUGGAGCCACGAUCAGCGCGGAGGGGGAGAUCGUGCAAAUGCAUCCUUUGGGACUAUGUAAUAAUAAUGAUGAGGAGGACCUGUACGAGUACGGCUGGGUUGGAGUGGUGAAGCUGGAGCAACCCGAGCUGGACCCCAGCUGUCUCACCGUUCUGGGAAAGGCGAGGCGAGCGGUGCAGCGCGGAGCCACGGCCGUCAUCUUCGACGUGUCGGAGAAUCCAGACGCCAUCGAUCAGCUCAACCAGGUCGCCGAGGAUCCUCUGAAGCGCCCGGUGGUUUACGUGAAGGGCAACGACGCCGUUAAGCUGAUGAACAUCGUCAACAAGCAGAAAGUGGCUCGUGCUCGGAUUCAACAUCGACCACCGAGGCAGCCCACGGAAUACUUCGACAUGGGCAUCUUCCUGGCUUUCUUUGUGGUGGUGUCGCUGGUUUGCCUCAUUCUGCUCAUCAAGAUCAAACUCAAGCAAAGGAGGAGCCAGAGCUCCAUGAACAGAAUGGCCAUCCAGGCUCUGGAGAAGAUGGAGACUCGUAAGUUCAAGGCGAAAGGAAAGGGUCAGCGCGAGAGCAGCUGCGGAGCCUCUGAUUCGCUGAGCAGCAGCUCCACCUCGGACUGCGCCAUCUGUCUGGAGAAGUACAUCGACGGGGAGGAGCUGCGGGUGAUUCCCUGUGCUCACAGAUUCCAUAAGAAGUGCGUGGACCCCUGGCUGCUGCAGCAUCACACCUGUCCCCACUGUCGACACAACAUCAUCGAGCAAAAGAAGGGAAAUCCAGGUGCAGCGUGCAUGGACCCUGGCAACCCGGUGCACGCCCGGCAGCGGGUGGUGCUGCCGGUCCACUACCCCGGCAGGGUGCACCGAGCCGGCCAGGUCACCGCCUUUCCAACCAGGACCAGCAUGGACCCCCACGGCAACGCCAUCACAGUGCUCACCGUGGACCAGCACCCCGACCCCCAGGGUCUGUACCCAGCCCAGUCCACGUCUGCCUUCCUGCGGAGCUACCACCCCACCCUCCACCUGGACCACUCACUCAACCCCCACCACUGCGGCUUGGAGCACCGCGGACCCCCGGCCUACCCAGCUCAGCCGCAUCACGCUGCUUUUAAACGACCCAAGUUCCACGGUCGUAACUUUUCCCGAGCAGCCUGCUUCUCGCAGUACGAAACUAUGUACCAGCACUACUACUUUCAGGGGUUGACUUUCCCUCAACAGCCCGAGGCCGGCCAGGUGCCUGCGGUGGGGGGGCACCUGGGGGGGGCCGGGGCCCACAAGGCUCACCACAGCAGGGCCUUUCAGCAGGGGCUGCUGUACCCCACAGUGGUUCACAUGGCACCUGCCUCUUCGUCGAGGGUAGGCGACGCCGGCAGCACUUCUGGCCUGAGCUGUUACCAUGGCCACCGCUCGGUGUGCAGCGGUUACCUUGCCGACUGCCCCGGCAGCGACAGCAGCAGCAGCAGCUCGGGCCAGUGCCACUGCUCCUCCAGCGACUCCAUGUUGGACUGUACUGAGGUCAGCAACCAGGGGGUGUACGGCAGCUGCUCCACCUUCCGCAGCUCGCUGAGCAGUGACUACGAUCCGUACGUCUACCGGAGUAAGAGUCCGUGUCGGGGCUCUGCCGGGGAGGGGGGGGCCGCAGCGUGCACCACCGUACCGUCAGAGGACUCGUCCCACGCUCCCUCGGGACACGACUGCCUCCAGCUCCCUCCUGGAGCGUCGGGAUAUAACUCGGGGGACCAUCUCUCCAACUGCAGCUUGGAGCCCAACUACAGCAGUCACUCAUCACUGGAACCCAGGGAGAACAACACCAGCACUACCUCAGCCGGCGCUGCCGAAGCCCCGGGAGCAGACCGGGGGAAGGGGGCCCAGGAGGACUCGGGGGAGAUUGGGGCGGCGGCUUGUAGCUGCUGCUUUGAGGUGCUCCCUCCCAGUGUGGAGUGCAAGGGGCAGGACUCGGACCAAGCUGGGCCUCUGGCCUCAGGACGCUGUCACAGGGGGCUGGACUUUCAGAGCUCAGCCUCCAAGAACUACUUUGCUCCCGAGCACAUGUGUCCUCCUUCAGAGCAGGUGAGCUACGAAGGGCUUCCCUGCUGCUUCUACAAAGAGAUGAAGGUCCACAGGGCCACAGCAGGGUGCUACACUGAGGACUACGCUGUUAACGUGCAGUAUGCACAUGCAGACUCAGAUGCCUGCACUGGACAGGGCUGCUGUGAACUCAACCAGAGGAUACCCAUAAUUCCCGAGGACACAGAUUGUGAAUUGGGUCCAGGAGCAGAGACCAACAGCAGCUUACUGCCCAUCAGUGUCACGCUGGAUGCAGAGGUGAGGACAGGGGAGCGGCUCGAGCCCAGCGAGGGGGUCUUCACCUCAGGACAGUUCAGAGGUCAGCCGUGUCCUCAGGAGGAGGAGACCAGGGCUCUGUUCCACCCGCAGCUCUCUGCCAGUCCCGCUGCGUUUGGAAGCAGUACUUCAACAGACGAGGGCGGUCUGGGGAUAUGAACUUACACCCGGAGAGAAGGGACAGUUUAAAGUAUGUGUUUGGUACCGUAUCAGUCAGUCAAUCAUUGAAACCCUCAGUUGCCUUGUUCUAACCUUGCUCUCUGAGCACUGAAUGUUAUCAUCUUAGAUUGUGUGGAUUUCUACUGAAAUGGCCUGAUGUUUCUAUCCAGUUCAUUCCUGUGGCCACAAACGUCUCGGCGCCCGGUGUCACCACAGCGCAGGGACCGAGUGGUGCUACUAACAUGACUGGAGGUUGUUAACUGAGACUAGAAGUAGGUUGGUACUGGCGUCUGUCGGGCGACGUGUCUGCUGCCGUCGGGGGUGCGACCCCCUCAGAGAUGCAGGCCCAUUUCUUCAGAUGUUGUCGAGAGCAAGUUGUGGAGAGACUUUAUCUUUUGUGCAAGAUCUUGGAAUCUGAGAUUUCUCUACUAAAAACAAGUACACUCUUAAUUCACCGAUAUCUGCAUCUACAUGUAUACAUCGUGUAUAUGUGCGCACAUGAACACUGACUGCCUAUAAAAGCUUCAACCACCAACUCAAAUAGGUUGUAUGGACAUAGCUAUACCAAAACAGAAAGACAUGAUUGUUGUUCGUUUGUUUUAGUUUUUUUUUAAACUUUUUUCAAGAGCAGGGAAAAGGGUCUUCGAGCGUCGGUGGCCCACGUGUUUCUCUGUGGAGAAGAAGCUAUAUAUUACACAAAAUGCAUAGAAAUGUGAAUGCAAGGCUGACACUGGUCUCUAUUCGAUUCAACACAGAAUUUGUUUUAUGCAUUGCAUUUCUGUCCAGUCGUGGCCUACCUGUACGGGAUGUGCCAGAGCAACGUCCAAGCCUUAUACGAGCUAUUUGUAGCAAUAUCUAAAGACACCGCACUGCUUCUGGUUGAACUCCAGGUGGCAGUGUCGUGUGGGGGUGAAAGCAUUUUUGUUUUUUCCUGGAGAGGGGUGUGUAGCGCUCCACGUCUCGUUCGGACGCCCUUAAAAGUGUAUUUUUUUUUUUGCUGUCACUUACCCCGAUUUCCUCAGUGAGGCUGAUAAAUAUCUAUAAAAACAAGGUUCUUGCAUGUAUCAACAGGCCAAAGGAAAGUAGCUGGAAAAGACUCAUAUUUCAUAAGGGUUCCUUAUUGUACUGUGACUUUUAAAAAUAAGAAAACGAUGCAGUUAUACGUAACACAACGUAUUCGUUUGGAUUCAUAUCAUGCCGUGCAUAAUACAUACCCACGAUAUCAAUGCUUGUCAUUCAUGCCUUUCUGUUUGUCCUGCAGACUGUUUUUUAUACUGUUUCUAUGAAAUGUACACAUUCUCAACACGGAGGAGAACCUUCUGAAAUAACCCUAUUUAUAACCCAGUGCUGUAAUCAAGUGAGAAUCUAAUCUUGCCUUUUGCAUAGAGAUAUGUACCUACUGCAAAUAUAACAUUUUGGGGGUACUUGAGUCACUAUUUAAUUUUUUUUUUGUUUUGUUAUUGUUUCUAGCACUUAAGAAGAUUAAAAAUGUGUACAAAAUUAAUAUUUUUUAAUUUUUUAAGAAUAUAAUUAUUUUCUGUCAUUACCAUUACAAAUGUUUAAAGGCUAGAAAUCAAUCUGUGUAUAUUUCUGUACCUGUAUAGCAAAACACAUUUCAUAAAUGGAAAUAUGUUCUCUGAAUAUUUAUUUACUAAUAUAUUUAUCUUUAAGCCAUGUCUUAUGUUCAGAGUGUAUAAAGGUUUGAGUUAUUUGGUUGCUUUUUAUUCUGAGAAAAAAAAUCACUAACAUGAGACUUUGUAUAUACAUGGUAAUUGCACACAAGACGAUUAAAUCUUCUCUGACCAAAAAACUGAUUUUAAAACUUU